AUGGACGUCAAAAAGGUUGGCAUAAUCGGAACUGGAAGCAUGGGCGGCAUGAUUUCGCUCCUGUUCGCCGAGCACGGCAUUCACACGCACUACUACGACCCCUCCAAGCAGGACGUCGAAGCUCUCCAGUCCCACGCCAAAGUAAGCAAGCACGAGGUCGAGAUCCCGUACCACGACGACCACAAGUCUCUCUGUGAGGUUCUGGAGGAUGGUAAUAAUCCAAAGUCUGCUCGGCAUGGUCCUUCUAUCUCCCCUGGUGGCAGCAAGGAGGCCCUCGACAAGAUCGCAUGCAAAGACACAAAGAGACGGCCAUGUGUAGCCAAGCUUGGUCCUGGCGGAUGCAGAAAUUACGUCAAGAUGAUUCACAACGGCAUCGAGCACGGAAUGAUGACUGCCCUCUGUGAGGCCUGGGCUAUCAUGAACAUCAGGUUGGGCAUGAACUACGAGGAAAUUGGUACUGUGUUUGAGAAGUGGAACGGUGAUAAGCAGAAGCCGUUGAGGGACAAAUUCUUGAGCAACAUCUGUGCCGAUAUCUGUCGAACCAAGGAUGAGAAGGGCAACUACGUACUCCCCAAUGUACGUGACAAGGUCGUCCAAGUUGUGAACAACUCCAAGGGCACGGGGACGUGGUCGGUCCAGGAAGGCACCAGACUCCAUGUGCCAGAUCCAACCAUUGCAGUAGUCGCUUCGGCAGAUGCGGCACGGAGACAGACGGUCAAGCAGGCCCUGGAAGGGAAGGGCGUAAAGCCGGCUCGAAUCGACGAUUUCGAUAAGGACAAGUUCCAUGAGGACCAGUCCAACGCCGCCUAUGCCUCCUUCCUCAUGUGUUCUAUCCAGGGGCUGCACGUCCUCUCCAAGGCCAACGAAGAGAACGACUGGAAGCUCGACUUCGCCGAUGUACUGCAACUUUGGCGCAAGGGAUGCAUCAUCCAGAGUGAUGGGAUUGUCGAUCUGCUCGAGACCCUCCCAAAGACGUACCCGUCGCUCAAGAGGGUUGUACUGAAGGCUAUCGAGUUUGAUUUGCAUCCUGGAGCGCUGGAUACCAGUUUAGAGUACUACAAGUACUCGGGGUCGACUGAGCUACCCACCCAGUUCCAGGAGGCCGAGUUGGGCUACUUCGGAGCUCACAUGUUCGACCAGAAAACGGCCCAGCCGGGUAAACCGGUAACGGGUAACCAUCACUUUGAAUGGAAGCCUGCGAGAGGAGUUCUCGAGACCGAUGACUGA